AUGGCUAGAAGAUCUAGUCAAUCAUCUUCUUUAUCUAAGGGUAAAGCCCUAUUAGAGAAAGAAGCCAGGCUUAAACAAGCUAUUUCUACUAUUUUAAAUUCUGAAACUUAUUCAAACUCUACAAAAUCUAUUUCAUCUAUUCUUUCUGUUUCUAAAGAAUUCAAUGUCUCAAGGACAACUCUUAAAAGAAGGCUUGAAGGUAUUGAAAGUAGAUCUUUAGCCUUUUCUCAUCUUCAGAUUUUAAAACCUUCUCAAGAGAAAGUUCUUAAAGAUUGGAUUAAAGCUCUUGCAAAAAGAGCUAUUCCUUUAUCUAAAGAUCUUGUUCAACAAAAAGCAGAGUUUAUUGUUAAAAAAAAGGUUGGAAAGACAUGGUAUAAAAAGUUUUUAUCCAGAAAUCCUGAUCUUAAACUUCUUUGGACAUCUCCUCUUGAAUCUUCUAGAGCUCAAGCUUUAAACUCUUUUACUGUAAAAAGUUUUUUUGAUUUAUUAUUUGAAACUCUUACUUCUUAUCAUAUUAAACCUUCUAAUAUUUACAAUAUGGAUGAGAAAGGAGUUCAGAUGGGAUUGGCUGGAAAAACAAGGGUUUUGGUUGAUAGAGAUCAGAAAACUGUCUCUCAGAUAGAGGAUGGAAACAAGGAGUUGGUUACUAUUGUUGAAUGUAUUUGUACAGAUGGUACUGUUCUUAAGCCUCUUUUUAUUAUGAAAGGAGCUAGAACAAGUCCAUCCUGGGGAAUGAAUAAUCCUAUUCAUGCACAUAUUGCUUCUUCUCAGAAUGGAUGGACUGACCAAGAGUUGGGUUCCUUAUGGCUUGAAAAGGUUUUUCAUCCUGAAAGCUUAAGGAAAUUAGAGUCUCCAGAUGAGUACAGAUUAUUAAUCCUGGAUGGACAUAAUUCCCAUUGCUCUUUGAGGUUUCUUGGAAUGGCUGAAGAGUAUCAUAUUAUUAUUCUUUGCCUUCCUCCUCAUACUACUCAUAUGCUUCAACCAUGUGAUGUAGGGGUCUUUAGUCCUUUAUCUACAUUUUAUAAAAAGGAAGUUGCAGAAUUGGCAAGACAAAAUGUGUCAAUUGGCAAGCAUAAUGUUAUUAAAACAUAUGCUAAUGCUAGAGAGAAAGCUUUUACUCCUAGUACUGUCCAAGCUGCUUUCCUUAAAUGUGGAAUCCAUCCUUUCAAUCCUGAUACAAUC